UCUCUCUCUCUUUCUCUAUGUCUGUUGUGUCUCUCUCUUACCAAGCUCUGCUUCUCUUUCUUGGGCUCUCCUAUAAAUGGGUUAUUCCUCCUCCGUAUAAACUUCAUAGUUGAGUGAAAUCUCUCUCUCUCUCUCUCUCUCUCUCUCUCUCUCUCUCUCUGAUACUUGUUCUUCUGAUAGAGAGAGAGGGUCAUGGCUGAAAAUGGAAUUCAUGGAGUUGUGGUGGACAUGAAGGACUCGAACUCAGCCCCCAGGAUCAAAGAAGAGGCAGGCCCCUGUUUCUGUCUGCCUUUCUUCCAAAAGGUGAUAGCGGAGUUGUUCGGGACCUACUUCUUGAUAUUCGCGGGUUGCGGGUCGGUGGUGGUGAACAGGAACAACGAGAAGGUGGUGACGCAGCCGGGGAUAGCCAUCGUGUGGGGGCUCGCGGUGAUGGUCCUUGUGUACACCGUCGGCCACAUCUCCGGUGCCCAUUUCAAUCCUGCCGUCACCAUCGCUUUUGCCGUCACCAGGAGAUUCCCAUUGAAGCAGGUACCGGCUUAUGUAUCGGCACAACUAAUCGGGUCAACCCUCGCGGCCGGGACACUCCGGUUGUUGUUCACGGGGAGCCACAAACAAUUCGCUGGGACAGAGCCUUCCGGGUCAGAUCUGCAAGCCUUCGUGAUCGAGUUCAUCAUAACUUUCUACCUCAUGUUUGUCAUCUGUGGUGUUGCCACUGAUAAUAGAGCUAUUGGAGAGCUUGCUGGUCUUGCUGUGGGUGCAACUAUAUUGCUCAAUGUGAUGUUUACUGGGCCGGUUACUGGAGCGUCAAUGAACCCGGUGAGAAGCUUGGGGCCGGCGAUCGUGUCUAACGAAUACAGAGGGAUAUGGAUAUACCUACUCGCCCCGACCAUGGGCGCGAUAUCGGGGGCUGCUGUCUACAACAUCAUCCGGUUCACUGACAAGCCUUUGCGCGAGGUCGUGCAGAGCGGCUCGUUCCUGAGAAACGGCGGGAGAAGCAGCUCCAACUGAUGAGAGAGGAGAUAGAGGGAGAGAGAGAGGGAGCGAGGGAGAGAGAAAAAUAAAACGGUUUGUCAAUGUCAUGCAAUUCUGGCACUUUUCGUGUUCGGAAUGGGAAUGUAACAGAUCUUACACGGUUUAACAUUAUGAAACAUCCUUGAUUGUAUAAAAAACAGGAUGCGACUUGCCGUUUUAAAGCCUCCGCCGGCUAUUAUGGACAA